UUGACCCCACCGGUCCUCCGCUGCCUCCAUUCAUUUGUGUCCGUUCAGUCGCAUCCAGCAGCGGCCCUCCCCUCCUGUUCUUCUCCGCCUGGAAACAUGGCUGCUCCGGCGGUAGCGAGAAGCUCCGGCCCGGCGCUGUGCCCCAGCUUCGCGGUGGUCUGUUCGUUCCUCGAGCGCUACGGAGCGGUGCUGGACCUCCCCGAGAUGUCCUUCCCGCAGAUGGAGCGCUAUCUGCGGGACACCUCGGCAGUCCCGAAGCCCCUCGUGGAACUCCAUGUGAAGCUGCUCAGGAAACUGGGGAGGUCAGUGACAACCGACCGCUGGGAGAAGUACCUGGCCAAGGUUUGCCAGGAGCUGAACUCUACAUGGGCAUGGGAGCUGGAGCAGAAGGGCUACCAGGAGAUGUCCAUGGAGUGCAAGUCCAGCAUCCUCAAAUAUCUGUGCGAGUGUCAGUUCGACGACAACCUGAAGUUCAAGUCGGCCAUCAACGAGGAGGACCCGGAGAAGAUGCGUCUGCAGCCCAUCGGCCGGGACCGGCAGGGCCUGAUGUACUGGCUCCAGCUGGACCAGGAGCAGAACAUCAGGCUUUACACCGAGGAGCAGGACGACCUGGACGGAUCCACGUGGAAGUGCAUCGUCAGGACUCGAAAUGACCUGGCUGAGGCUCUGGAGCUGCUCAAGGCCCAGGUCGACCUGAACCAGAACCAGGAUCAGAACCAGGACCAGAACCCCACCCAGACUGGAUCCGGGAGUCCCAGCCCGACUGUGAGAGAAGCAGAGGACAAUCAGAAAACUAACGCAGAAUCAUCCAGAACCACAGAGGAAAACGCCGACGACAAGACGAUCAUCGACAUAAAAGAAGAGAAACCGCAGACACAAGUGGUGAAACAGGAGCUGACGGUUAAACUAGAAAAUACGGAGGCGGAGCUAAAAGAGGAGAGGGCAGAGAAAAAGCCGCUUCCUUUCUUCGACAACCGCGUAAGCACCAUCACCACCAUCGUCAAAUCAGAAUCCAGGGAUGCAGACGCCCCUAGAAACACUGUGUCGGUCGUCAUGGCAGCAGGGACGGCUGCAACCAAACCAGAACUGAAAAAGGAGGAGGAGGCAGAGCGAGCCGUCGUCAGGAGCAACCAGCAGGCGAAAAUACCGCUGAAGAAGAGGGAGCUGAAGCUCUCUGAGAACUUCCACAGCAACCACCUGAACAACAGCAACAGCAGCAGCAUCAUCGUGUGUAACCCGGCGGUGAUGCAGGCCAAGGACAGGGAGCACCCACACACGGCGGCCGCCAUGACGACGCAGGAGCUGACCAAUGGGAGGGCGUCCGUCCUCCUGCCCCACACGGAGGGACAGAACGGCGUGGUUGGGGUCAUCGGGCAGGUCGGCGUGGUGGGGCACGUCGGGGUCAUCCGGAGCCCGUCAGAGCGUCACCGAACGCCAGAACUAAACGGUCCGAGCGUGGACCGCCACAGGUCCACGGUGCCGGAGGAGGAUCGGGAACCGAGCCGCCAGUCGGUCUUGGUCCGCAAAGCGCCGGUUCAGGAGGAGACGGUGACGGCAGCGCUUCCACCUGGAAUAGCCCAGAAACCACCUCCAUCUGUUGAACCCGAGAGGAACUCUGCAGAAGACCGGGUUCCCAAGACGACAACGACAGAGGGGGAGGAGCUAAACAAAGACACAAAAAGUAAAUGUCAACAAAAAGAUGCUGACGUGGAUGAGACGAAGGACAGAGGAAACACUGACUCUGAAAAGAAUAAAAGCACUUUAGGAACCACAGAGGACAAAGACAAGCAGGACAAGCAGGAGCAGCCAGCGGAGGUGAACGGGCAGACAGCGGCGGCGGCAGGGGGGAGGCCAAAGGACGCCAGUCUGAGGUCAGAGGUCACAACUCCUCUGGAAGAAGCCUCCUCAGAGAUCCAGAAGGAAGGAAUCAGACUGAAGAUAAAGAUCCCUCCACACCGGAGAAACAAGAUGAGAGGAAAAGGAGUGAAAGGAGGGAAGGAGGAGAAGGAGCAGGAGGCGCCAGAUGAGGGGAGGCCGCUGAGGAGGUCGGCCCGCAUCUGCAGGCCGAGCUCAAAGGCAGCCGAGAGUCAGAGGAAGAAACCACAGAAGAAGAAGGCACUGCUGUCCAGAAUGAGGGGCGAGGAGGGGGAGGAGGAGGAGGAAGAGGAGGAGGAAGAAGAGCAGCACAGUUUAACCGCAAAGAAAACCAGAAAAACCGAAGUGGUUGGACCGACCCGGAAGCGAAGGGGUAAACGGAGACACCGGCGCCCCCGGUGGACAAACCUCCGCGCCAAGAGACGCAAAGUCAACGAGGAAGGAGAUGAGGACAAGAAGAAGGACAGAGGAGAGGAAGGAAGUGAAGGAGGCAGUGAGUCGGAAGAAUCCAGUAAAUCAGAAGAAGUUCACAGUGAGGACGCCUGCACCCACUGUGGGCUCCCCAACCACCCGGAACUGAUCCUGUUGUGCGACUCCUGUGACAGCGGGUACCACACGGCGUGUCUGCGACCGCCGCUCAUGCUCAUUCCAGACGGCGAAUGGUUCUGUCCUCCAUGUCAACACAAGCUGCUUUGUGAGAAACUGGAGGAGCAGCUGCAGAACCUGGACAGCGCUUUGAAGAAGAAGGAGCGAGCAGAGAGGAGGAGGGAACGUCUGGUGUACGUGGGCAUUAGCGUGGAGAACAUCAUCCCUGAAGGAGACGAGGCCAUGGAGGAGAAGUCCACCAAGAAGAAAGACCCCAAGAAGAAUAAGAACCUGGGCAGGAGGUCCACCAGGACCAGGAAGCACAUCAGCUACAGGUUCGAUGACUUUGACGACGCCAUCGACGAGGCGAUCGAGGAGGACAUCAGGGAGCUCUGCAGCGAAGGAAGGCGGAGCAAAGACAUCAGCGCCAUCCUGUCGGAUGAGGGGAAGGAGAGCCAGCAGCCAAUCAGAAGCCAAGCUCGCUCUGUGAGGAACAGGAAGAAGAGGAGGCUCAACGACCUGGAGAGCGACAGCACGGCGGCGGAGAGCGAGGACGAGUUCAUGCUGAGCAACAGCUCCGAGGACGAAGACUUCGGAGCGUCGGCAGCAGAUGAAGACGAUGAGGAAGAAGAGGAAGACGCCGGCAGUGACGUGGGCAGCUUGGACAGUGGGACACGCCCCCGACGGAUGCAGAAGGCGGGGCCUAAACACCGGCCCAGCAAGACCCAGCGGCGAACCAGGAAACGGCUGAGGAGGAGGCGGAGACGCUCGUCAGAGGAAGAGGAGGAGGACAGUGAUGAAGAGCUGGACUCCGACCAGUGCAGCGACAUCACGGACAGUGACACGGACAAAAAGAGGCGGGGCCUGAGGCGGGGCCAGCGCCAGCAGGUCAACUACUGCGAGACGUCUGAUUCAUCCGAUGCCUCCAUCAGCAAGGCCAAGGUCAAACCCCGCGGGAGGCCACGAAAGGAGCAUCUCUCCAGUGACUACAGUGAUGUGUCGGCGUCUUCCAGAGACUCUGAGGAAGAGGAUUACGAAGACGAGGAGGAAGACGACCGGAGGAGGAGAGGGAGCAGGAGGAGACGAGAGGAGGACUUCCUCCGCCGAAACAGGAUGAGGGCGAAGCGGCGGCGGUAUGACCACGACGAGGAUGACGGCGACAGAGGCCGGCGGCAGAAGAGGAAGCUGCUGGAGGAAGAGGAAGAGGAGGACGAAGAGCGGCGGCGGCGGAGAGGAAGGAAGAUGGAAGGGGAGGACGAAGACCCAGAGAACAUGGGCAGGGGGAAGAGGAGGGAGAUACUGUCGCAGCAGCGCCGCAAACGCCUCGCUCAGAUGCUCAAGAAACGGCGGCCGUCGACGGACGAAGAUGACGAGUCUGAGGAAUCUGAGUCGUCAUCAUCGGAAGAGGAUCGGCCGGUCCGCAAGAGACUGAACCGCAUCGACUCUGACGAAGACGAGGAUGAAGAGGAGGAGGAUGAAGAGGAGGAGGAGGGAGCACAGAAGAGCAGGAAGUCUUCAGCAGCAGAGAGGAAUUCUUGUGUUGCCGGGGGUGACGACAGCGACGCUCAGGAAAAGGGGAGGGGCCGGAGCCUGUCUCCGUCAAACGGACAUCGGACCUCCAGAGGCCCAGCGAAGCCUGGGACCGGGAGUCCGUCUACAGCUAGAGACAGUGCAGGGUCGGGCGGGCAGGGCAGGCACAAUGGCCCCUUACACGGAGACAACAAGGAAGACAAGGAGGAGGAAGACAAGGACCAGACAGACUCGUUAAACUGUGUCCAGAACAGUCCACAGUCCUGAUGGCUGAAAACAGACAGUCCACUCCCUCGUUUUCUCGUCCCCCUCCUUCUGUCCCCUCACCGUCAUGUCGUCACUCGCCGACAUAAAGCACCUUCACACCAGGACCCGGCGGACUCGCCUGGUUCUGGUCUGAUCGAAGUGGACACGGCAGUGGCGUGUCUCAUCCUAAAGCACUUCACAGGUCAUCGCACUUAAAACUAGCGCCACCUAGAGGAGAGCUGGCAGCAAACCCCACACCCGGCUGUUAGUACAACGCUCAGACCUGGUCCGACGCCGUAGCGGGUCGUUUCCUGUUCAGAACCUCCAGAACUGUCGGGUCAUGCAGGGACCGGUCUGUGAGUUCAGCAUGUAGGACUGGAUCGUCUCACUUUUGGUAGUUUUAGGGUUUAGGUCAGGGGUGUCAAACAUAUGGCCUGGGGGCUAAAACCAGCCUCCGAAGGGUCCAAUCCGACCCACAGGAGGAACUUAUGAACUAUAAAAACUGCACUGAAGAUAUUAACAAUCAGUGGUGUCAAAUUAAUUUGAGCCCAAUUCAGUCUCGUGGGUCAGAGCAGUAAAAUACUAUCAUAAUAACCUACAAAUAAUGACAACUCCAGUUUUUUCUUUUAGUGCAAAAAAAAGGAAAA